CCAAAUUCCAAGGACCUACGUAAAACCCAUCAAACGAGCCUUUCUUUCCAUCUCCCCUGCCCUAUAAAACCUCGCCAUCGCCGGGCAUCAACUCCAUCAAACCCAAAUCAAGCACUCCAAACAAACCCUCCUUCAGCUUUAUUUGCCUCUAGUAUUACUUACUUACAACAAUAUAAUGGCGGUGUCAAAGUCUGAGAUGGUCAAGUAUUUCUGCGCCGCCGUGCUGUGCAUGGUGGUGGUGGCCGCUCCCCAUGCAGAGGCCGCCAUUACUUGCGGUCAGGUGAGCCAAAAGUUGGCCCCUUGCCUCGCUUACUUGAAGUCGGGCACCGGGCUACCCACCGCGGGUUGCUGCGGAGGCGUUAAAUCUCUGGCUGGUAGCGCUACCACUACCGCUGACCGGAAGACGGCUUGCGGUUGCCUGAAAUCUCUCUCCAAUAGCAUCACAGGUCUGAAUCUAGGCGCUGCCGCUGGUCUUCCCGGUAAAUGCGGAGUCAACGUUCCUUACAAAAUCAGCCCCAGCACCGAUUGUAGCACAGUUUCAUAAAUGCGAUGUACUGGAAGCGUGAGAGGUGGAUGAUAAACCAUGCAUGCAUACCAUUGCCCAUUCUGGAGUAGUUUGUUUGUAUAGAAAAAUAAAACGUCUGUGACGGAGGAAUAAGAUCUGAGGGCUCUUCUGUGAUUCCUAUUAGUUUAGGGGUCCGAUUUGAAGGAGACUUUCUAGACCAGUUUUAUGUUUGUGUUUUGUCGUUAUUAUUGUCCUUUUCAUUGAAUUUUGGGUAUGCAUGGCAUGGGCUUGUCUAGGUAGUACUGUUUUGCAUGUGUCACCAUUGAAUGUACUGCACUCGAUUGGUAAUUGAUAUAACAUGUCUACCCCACGCCUUUCAAUUCCAAUGAUCCAUUUUCUUUUGCGUUUAUUUUUGCAUGAUUUUCUCAAUGAAUAUGAAGAUUUGGAAUAUAAUCCCUCCU